ACUUAUUGCGCAUGCGUAAGACACGCCCCUUCUUUUUACAGCUUGGAAAAAAUGGCGAUGAUAAUUCCAGACAAGUUUCAGCACAUCUUGCGUGUGCUGAACACCAACAUUGAUGGUCAUCAGAAGAUCAUGUUCGGCCUCACUGCAAUCAAGGGUGUGGGAAGACGUUAUGCCAACCUUGUCCUGAAGAAAGCCGAUAUCGAUAUGACCAAACGUGCUGGAGAGCUCUCUGAUGAGGAGAUUGAGAGGGUGGUGACAAUCAUGCAGAACCCACGGCAGUACAAGAUUCCCGACUGGUUCCUAAACAGACAGAAAGACCAUCGCGAUGGCAAGUACUCCCAGAUCUUGGCCAAUCAGCUGGAGCACAAACUGAGAGAGGAUCUCGAGAGACUCAAGAAAAUCCGUGCUCACAGAGGGCUCAGGCAUUACUGGGGUGUCCGUGUGCGUGGUCAGCACACAAAGACGACAGGAAGAAGAGGUCGUACUGUGGGUGUGUCCAAAAAGAAGUAGUGAACUGUUUUGAAAUGUGCCUUGUGGUUUGUCAAUUAAAUUUUGAUAAUCUUAUCGGAAAUUUUGUCAAAAAACUCUUCACAAAAUAUUAUUACUCUUUUCUAA